UGCAACCACCCGUUCCCAACAUACCGACGACGACUCGGAACGUCAGCAUCGACAUCUCACCAUCGCAGCCGCGACCACUUACUGUGACUACGCUACGGCGAACGCGUCAGCUGAUUUACGCCAUGCCUACCCCGAGCAAGUCCUCGUCCGCUUCGGCCAAGGAGAAGGACCGUCGAAAGUCCUCGGGCAAGAGUACCGCGAUAGUCACCCUGCGCGUGGCCUCCGAUAGGCUUCGCCAGGUUCUCGACCCGUCGUCGCUGAAGGAGGACUCUCCCGUCAAGGAGUCCCCCGCCAAUUCGACCCUGCUCCCCAUCGACCAACCCCCGGCAGCACCCUCUACCGGCGACAAUGCUUCCGAGUCUACCCCGGGCACUCCUGGCCCCUCGGGAACGCCGUCGCAAGCCGCCAUGGGGCCGCCGACGGAGGCGCCCAAGAAGAAGGGCGUUAAGAGGAGCGCUGCCGCGGCAAACGGCGGCGACCCGACGGCGAAAGUGAGAGGCAAGCCUGGCCCCAAGAAGAAGCCCCGACUGGAGGACGGCUCCAUCGAUCCCAACGGACGGGCCGGAGGGGGCGCCUAUCACAAGCUCGGACCGAAGGCUAACCAGGGCGCUAUCAAUGCCGGACUUCGCGCGCUCGACCGAUCGGGCGCUCCCUGCCGGAGGUGGAACAAGGGAGGCUUCAGAGUCAAAAGCUUUACCGGCGUGGUCUGGGAGAUUCCCCGCUGGACCGCACCCCCGAAGACCAAACCCGAGGUGACUCCGGACGAGUCGGCCGCGUCCGCCGAGAGCAGCAAUAAGGAGAACAAGGAGGGCAGCCAGAUGAAAAGCGAGCAUAGUAACAGCCACGCCGACGGUGAGCAGCCGAGCGUGGCCCCGAGCGUUAACGCCAGCUCGCCAGCACCUCCGGCGGCCGUCGCCGUCGCGGUAUCAUGAAAAACUGCCUGCGGAGCGCUCCCGCUACCAUUCUUUUUCGUCGCGACCCCUCUACCCUGUAGGGUGGUCCCGUGUGUUUACUAUGGGUCCUUCUGUGCUAGGUCAAGAGGGAGAGAAAGAUACAGGAGGGUGUUUGUAUGUGUGAGGAAGGCUAAAAAAGCAUGGCGUUGUGGACUUUGUGACUUGGGCC